AUGACAAAUGCAUCAUUUUUUUUGUUUAUUCAGCUCGUUCUUUUCCUAAUCGAACAUUAUCCUUACCUCAUAUCUAUCUAUCUAUCUAUCUAUCUAUCUAUCUAUCUAUAUCUAUCUAUCUCAGCCUCUUCAUAUCUCUAUCUAUCUAUUUAUCGAUCUCUAUCUAUCUAUCGGAAUCUCUUUAUAUCUAUCUAUCUCAGCCUCUUCAUCUCUCUCUCUUUCUUUUUCUCUCUCUCUCUCUCUAUCUAUCUAUCUAUCGCUAUCUCGUUAUAUCUAUGUAUCGCAAUAUCUAUCUAUCUAUCUAUCGCAAUAUCUUUAGAUCUAUCUAUCUCAGCCUCUUCAUAUUAUCUAUCUAUCUAUCUAUCUAUCUAUCUAUCUAUCUAUCUAUCUAUCUAUCUCAGCCUCUUCAUAUCUAUCGCAAUCUCUUUAGAUCUAUCUAUAAAGUUCUGUACAUUGGCUUGGGAGAGUAGUAAUUCUGCUAGGAAAGGUGAUAUCUAUCUAUCUAUCUAUCUAUCUAUCUAUCUAUCUAUCUAUCUAUCUAUCUAUCUUAUUCAAUUUAUAACUAUUUGUAUAUCAUCUUAUCUAUCUUUUAACAGAGAGCACCCAAUUCGCUCUGUCCAUAUCUAA